AUGGAGGCUCCGAAACGACCUACCCCUUCUCUCGCCGGACGUGUUGCUAUUGUGGUCGGCGCUGGUUGCAAGGGGGAAGGAAUUGGCAAUGGACGAGCAGCAGCCAUCCUGCUUGCCGAAUCAGGCGCUCGCGUUGUCUGUGUUGAUCUCUCGCAAACAGAUGCAGAGCGAACAGUCCAGAUGAUUCAGAACGACGGAGGAGAUCGGGAAGCAAUAUCCAUUGUGGCUGACGUGGCGAAGGAAGAGGAAUGCAACCGUGUUGUUCAGGAAACUAUUUCCAAAUAUCGCCGCCUUGAUAUUUUGGUCAACAAUGUUAGCAUAAUCGGGGCAAGGGGAACAGCAGCGACUGUCAAUAUGAGCCAUUGGGAUGUAGGAAUGCGGAUAAACGUCAACUCCAUGGUUAUGAUGACCAAGUAUGCUAUUCCAUACAUGGAAAAAAAUGAGCGUGGUCAGUACCGGGGUUCCAUCAUCAACCUGUCCUCAAUCGCUGACAUGAGGGGUGGUUCACCAGACUUGAUGUACGCAACAUCAAAAGGUGCCAUCAUCAAUAUGACAAGAGCAAUGGCAGAACACCACGCGGCACAAGGUAUUAGAGUCAAUUGUGUCUGCCCUGGGAUGGUGUAUACACCUAUUGUUUUCGCCGGCGGUGGUAUGAGUGACGAAAUGCGAGAGUCUCGGAAAAAUCAGUCGUUACUGAAGACAGAAGGCUAUGGGUGGGAUAUCGGAGCUGCGGUCAGGUUCCUAGCUGGUGAUGAGGCUCGCUGGAUCACAGGGAUUGUCCUUCCGGUUGAUGCUGGAAUCACCUCUGCUAUCACGGUUACGGUCCCCCAAAAGUUAUAA